ACGCCCUCCCCCCCGAGACACACCUCCUAUCACAAACGCUUUCACAACAGGACUCUAACUCACCAUCAGGUUGACCACACACGAGGACCACCGGAGAGGAUUCACCAGCCUAAGACACUAUAUAAACCGGAGAAGUGUAAGCGACAAAUGCUGUUGGACGCCUUACGCCCCAAAAUUGGGGAAGAAAUGAACGAAGAAAACGUAACGUCUGAAAUACCUUCUCUUCAAGUAGAAGAUAAAGUAAAGGUGGUCCCUAAAUGUGCUGCAAAUCAAUUUAGCGGAAAUACUGGUAUAGGUGUAGGAAAUUAUAAAAUUGGCGACCCUGAUAAGAUUAAUGCUAACAGUGGUUCUCUGCUUCGUAACAAUAACAAUGGGCAAAUAAAAAAUACUACGAUGCAUUCAGAGAAGUUUUCUAAUACUGUGGAAAAUUGGUAUAAAGCCUUGGAUCCCACAUUAAAACUGGCCCCAAAUUCAGUCUGCAGUAUUGAUUCGGUGCUGGUUUGUGAUAAAAGAGUACCCGAUCCAGAUCAAAGAAAUACGGGAAAAUUUCCUCAGAUUCGUCACAGUGAACACCAUACGACUGCGGUCAAAUUGAAGUCUAGUGCUAAGACUGUCCAUAGACCUUGCGAAAUCUCAAAUAAGGAGACUAUAGACUGUGGAAGAAAAGAACAUCGUAGUAAAGGUAAACAAUCUGAGAUUGCUAAUGAAAACUCACGUCCGAAACUUGCAAAAAUUGUCAAUAAACAUAAAAUUGAAUCUGAAAAUAGUGAUUUAAGAUAUCGCAGAAUUAAUGCCGGUGACACUAUUACCAGCAACAAUUUUGAACAUCUUCCUAUUGACCAAAGGAGAGAAACGGGGAAGGAAUCCGAACUCUCAUCUAAUACUAUUGAUAAUAGAUACAAAGGUUCACAGCGUGAAUGUAGUAACGAUUGUAAGGAUAGUAGAGAUAGUGAUAAAGGGGGGAGAAUGCGUACCUCCGACGUGGCAAAUAUUAGUGUGGUUCCUGCUUUAAAGAACGACAAACUGCUUAUAGACACAACGAAAAAUUCCGAAGUGUUUGCAUACACCAUUGGCAAUUGGUAUCAAGGAUUAACUAAAUAUACCAACCCACUCAAUGUAAAUCCAACUAGUGAUGAAAUCGAAACAAUUAAUACAGUUGAUAACAUAAAUGAACCUUUAGAUAGAAAUAAAAUUUACACAGAUGUUAACCCCAAUAUUGAAAUUGAUUAUAUUACUACGGGUAAUAAUAUUUUUAAUUCAAUUACUUCAAAAGUAGAAAAUAAUUUAUUUGUUGAUAUAACUCAACGUGAUUUUAGUCAUAACAAUGUUACUUCUGAAAAUGGAAACGUUUCCAAAACUGAUAAUUGCGAUAUUAUAAAUUAUAGGAAAAAGGUGGGUAAAAUCAAACCUGCUACAUUAUCCUCCAUUAAUCCUAGAAAUGUAAAAAGCAUGACCAUAGGAAAGCCAGAGCAAAUGAAUCAUUAUUUUCCAAUCACAACAAAUACACCUACGAAACCGUUGAAAAAAGAGUUUAAAAUUAAAUCCAAACAAGUAGGCGAACUUAAAACGAAGAAAACACUAAACAAUGACUUUGAAAAUAAAUCCAAACAAGUAGCCGAACUUAAAACCAACAAACCGCUCAAAAAUGAACUUGAAAAUAAACCGGAAAAAGUAGACAAACUUACAACCAAGAAAGCACCAAAUAUUGAGCUUGAAAAUAAAUCCAAGCAAGUAGACGAACUUAAAACCGAAAAAAUGCUGAAAAAUAGCCUUGAAAAAGAAUCCAAACAUUUAUUCAAAUGUCACAAUAUAUGCAAAGAUUCGUCUGAUGAAGUACAGACCGAAAUUAAAAGUAAUGCGACUCUGUAUGACAACGAUAAAUAUCUUUUCGAAAUGACAGAUAUGUCUAAAUCUGAUAAUAUUCAGUCUAAUAACGUAGAAAUGAAAAUUAUUUGUAAGUCACCAGAAUUAGAACCAAAUGAUUCCUUUUCCACUUUUGUUGCUAAUCAGCAGAACUUGUUACGAUUGUUGGAAUCUGUUCCUGAAUCUAAAGUAGUACACUCCAGUAUUUUGUCUUUGACUGUAUCACAUACUCAUAAUGAUGUACAGUGUACCACAGAGAUGACUGGACAUUCAAAGCAAAACGUACAGAAUAUUGAAGAUUCAAACAGUGGAGAAGUGAUUAAUGAUGAUUCUAUUGUUAUAGAUGAAUCCAUUCAAUCUGAUUUAAUUGUUAGAGAAUCUAUGACAAAGAAUUCAAUCAUUGGAGUAAUAAAUAAUAAUGAUUCUAUUAUGACUGCCACCGACGGACCUGCUAAAUCUGAUUUGUCUAUUCAAUGUUCAGUGACGAGGAAUUCAAACAGUGGAGAAGUAAAUAAUAAUGAUUCUACGAAGACUCUUACAGAGGAAUCGCCUAAACCUAAUUUGCCCGAAAGCUUUGAACAUAAAACAGAAACUAAUUUAACCAUAACUCACAUAACUGAUACUGAAAGGCGAAAGCCAAAAGACCACUUUGUGCUAGCAGAGCUUUCUAACAAUGCCUAUAUCUUUCUAACAUUCCCUAAAAAUCAAUUAACAGUAGGACAAUCAACAGUAAAAUUACAAGAAAUAGAAAAAGUGAAAGAGAAAGGGAACGAACAUUUAGCUGUAGGGGGUAGGAAGGGUAAGAAGAAGGAGGUGAAUAAGAACAAUCUUAGAACUAUGCUUCUGGAAAGUUUGUUAAAACGGCACGAUGUGGACCGGGGCUUACCGGGGCCUGCAGGCGCCUCACAUGAGGUGGAUUCCACCAUACCGUUCAGUUGCAUCACAACCCCGGAGGUUGUGGCCAGUUGCAACACCACGUCUUCCACGCAGGCCGCCGUCGCCGUUGACCCCAAGCCUCGCAGCGUGAUAUCGAGUACGUUCAACGGGCUCCCGCUGUCGCGGCCCAACUACGGCGCGACCUCCGCCGCCGACGACUACAAGGUGCCUAUAUUCACUGUGCACUACCGUUUACAGAAAUCUCUAGACGAAAACGGGAACGCCGUACAAGGAAUCGGCUCCCCCGUCUCGGGGUCUAGUCAGCACAAGAAGCCGCGGAGGAAAAAGUCCUCGAAGAACGAGACCGUGAUCAAAUCUCACCAGAUCGACGGCUACCAGGGGAACAAGGAUCUCAACGAGGUGCUGCGGUUCAUCGAGUCCAACGCGGACGCCGGCCGCGGCGGCAAGUUGCGCGGCAAGCACAAAGACGACGACGACAAGGGCAAGAAGAGGGCCGGCGACCGCCGCAAGCCGCAGGAGAAGGGCAAGCGGGCCUCCUCGCUCGAGGAGCUGUCGCGGACCAAACUGGAGGAUCUCACGGACGCGCCGCAGCCGCCGCCCGCCAAGCCCGAGCGCCGCUCCUGGGGCGACGACUUCCGCGCGCCCGAGCCCGAGCCCGACGACUUCCAGACCGUCACCAAGCGGCGCAAGCGGCGCGAGCGACCGGAGCCCCGCCCCCGCGCGCCCGAGCCCCGCCCCCGCCGCGAGUCUGCGCCGCCUUCCGACCGCAGCGGCGACUCCAACGACGACAUGGACUCCGUGCACUCGCUGCCGGCGCCGCCGCGCGCGCCGCUCGCCGCGCCGCACGCCUCCUACGCCGACAUCGCGCGCACGCGACACAACAUCCCCGACCUCAUCGAGUCGUGCAACUUCUACGCGGAGGGCGAGGCGGGCGGCGACGCGCGGCGCCCGGAGCCGGCGCCGCAGCCGCCCGACGCGGACGGCUACCCGGCUCUGGAGGCGCGCGGCGGCGGGCUGCGGCGCGGCAAGCGGCCGCCGGCGCCGGCGCCGCGCCGCGACCGCAAGGGCCCGCCGGCCGCCGCGGCGCCCGACAGCGUGGCGCCGGACGUGGUGGCGGACCGGCGGCCGCCCGUCAUCCUGCUGGACUCGGCCGCGCGCCCCGGCGACAUGGACGGCGUCACGUUCGGGUUCGACAUCAACGAGCAGCUGCUGGGCGGCGGCGCGCGGCGCCCGCGCUGCGAUCUCGUGCGCGACGCGCCGGACGCGGAGCCGGCGCCGGACGCGGAGCCGGCGCCGGCCGCCGUGCCGGUGGCGGCCGGCUGCCGUCCGCUGCGCUACGUGGCGCCCGACCCGCCGCCAGACACGCACCAUCUGCAUCAGAUCAUCGAUUACGUCGGUGCAGCAUGGGAGGACGUGAUCCGCUGCGGCGCCGGCAAGGUGCGCUACUUCAGCGAGUAGCGCUACAAACUAUGUGACCUCUCUAACGCGAACCGAUAUACAGUGAACACGUGACUCGAGUGUCGAGUGAUUGUCGCCUGUGUUGUGUUGUAUCUUAGGGAAUAUAAGUCAAAUCUUCCAUAGUGACGCACCGCGCGGAACAAUAUAGAAAAUGUUAAGUGAAACGGCUUGGAAACGCCAAACGAUUACCUUCUUACUUAGUGUUUUCGCUGUGAUUAAAGGUAAUAAUUGUUUUCGCUUAUGAAUAGGAACGAGAGCUACCUUAAGCAUUUAAUCAUUAAACUUGCACAUAUAAAAAAAGUAAAAAAAAUAUUGAAAUUGUUAUUAAUUAGUCGCCUCGUAAAUUAUUAGGUGUUUCCGACCUGGCGCGGCAAUGUGUUAUAAAUACAUGUCUUACGUUACAUUGACUUAUGCCAUAAAUGUUCACCAAUUGAAUUCACAAUAUAAUGAUUCUGUGGGACUGUGCUUAAUCUCGAAUUUUACUCCUGAUUCUUGUAAUAUAAUUUCUGAUUGAAUGACCUAUAUGUCGUCAUUUAUUUGUAUACUACCGAAAACGCAAGAAUAUUUUCGAGUACCGUAAGUAGUAAUAACAUGUUAAAAUUUUUAAUUAAGAAAAUUAGCAUGUAUAAUUUAUGAGAAUAGCCAUGGUCGCGCCGGGCCGUGUCAGAAUCGUUUUAGUUUGAGUUGGUGGAGUGUAA